UUUGGAUUGAGUGUGAAUGGAUAUUAUGUUAUGUGGCGGGCAAUGGAAAGAAGUGAUGAGAUGAGAUGGCGAAGCUGUUACUACCGUUAUGGGUUCUUCCAACUCCCAACCUUUCAUUGAAACCGCAAUUCUGUGUUCGUUGCUGCAGUAACAGUAUUAAUACUAAUAAUCGUGAUGAAGAUAACAACAACAAUAAGAACAAGAAGUUGUCAAAGCAGUCUUCAUGGGAAGCCAAGGAUGGUGAUGGAAAAGAUUAUCUGUACAGUCUCGGCAAAGAAGCUGAUAACAUGAACAUCGCCGUUGGUCAGCGUGCCGGCAUCAUUGAUGAUGUUUUUGUCGGCAAUUUUCUCGGCAAAGACUCGGACAUUGUGUUUGAUUAUCGUCAGAAAGUUACCAGAUCCUUUGAAUACCUUCAAGGCGAUUAUUACAUCGCCCCUCUUUUCAUGGACAAAAUUGGGGAGCCUCGGCAAAAUGGUUGGAGUUUCUCCUAUGUGACUACGAGGUCACAUGUUCGAGUGGCAGGCAGAACUAGUCUAGCGCAAUUGCAAGCAUGUCACAUUGUCAAGAACUACAUUACUCAUCUCCUCAAUGCUAAGGUUCCUUUAAUUCUAGGUAUUUGGGGAGGUAAAGGGCAAGGAAAAACAUUUCAAACAGAACUUAUAUUUCGAGCCAUGGGAGUCGAACCUGUAAUUAUGUCUGCAGGGGAAUUAGAAUCAGAAAAUGCUGGAGAGCCAGGAAGAUUGAUUCGUCAACGCUAUAGAACAGCAUCUCAAGUGGUCCAGAAUCAAGGAAAGAUGAGCUGUUUAAUGAUCAAUGAUAUUGAUGCUGGCCUGGGUAGAUUCGGGACUACUCAAAUGACUGUCAACAACCAAAUUGUUGUUGGGACUCUUAUGAAUCUGUGUGACAAUCCUACAAGAGUUAGUGUUGGUCAAGAUUGGCGAGAAUCAGAUAUCACACACAGAAUUCCAAUCAUUGUAACAGGGAAUGAUCUUUCAACUAUUUAUGCUCCACUGAUACGAGAUGGAAGGAUGGAUAAAUUUUAUUGGCAGCCUAACCGUGAAGAUAUAGUGAAUAUUGUUCACAGAAUGUAUGAGAAAGAUGGUAUAUCUAAGGAUGAAGUUGAAAAAAUUGUGAACACUUUUCCUAAUCAAGCAUUGGACUUUUAUGGAGCUUUAAGAUCACGUACAUAUGACAGAUCUAUUUUAAAGUGGGUUGAUGAUAUUGGAGGCGCUGAAAAUUUUGCAUCCAACUUUCUCAAAAGAAGAAAGGACCAGAAUCUUCCUGUAUUUAUUCCUCCAGAGCAAACGACCGAAUCUUUACUUGAGUCGGGUUAUUCUCUGCUCAAAGAACAACAGUUGAUAAUGGAAACUAAACUUUCAAAGGAAUACAUGAAGAACAUAGAAGACUAAUAUAAAGGAUGUUGAUUCUCAAGUGCAUGUCCUCAAGAAUUAUGAUUGUGAAGUUGCUACCUUUGCUAAGGUCCACUUUCGAACAGAAUGCUUCUCUUCAUUUUCUUAUUUUGUGUUAUUUAUCUGGAUAUAAUAUGAUGAAAGAAAUGAGUGAAAUACUAUCGAACAAUAGUGCAAUGAUAUAUGGACUGUAAUCUUAUGUUGCAUGCAUGCAGAAUUGCACAAAUAAUUACUCAAUAAAUUCUGAUUGAUUUUUGUCAUCCUCUCA